AGCGAAAGAUUUUGAUUUCGUAAAGGAGCACGUUUUUGAGUUUGCGUGCUCCACAACCAAGGAUGCGGCUCCGAUUUUCUCUGGGGGGCAAGCUUUCGUGAGUUUCGCCUCCCGUGUUGAAGGUUCACUUCGACACUUGCGCGGACCUGGCCGAAUACAGCGACAGGAGUGGCAGGGCCGGCAGGAAGUGAGACGGGCGCGCGAUCGGCCGCGUCCCGCUCUUAACGGGCCGUGCGUGCGGGUGCGUAGGUCUGGGGCGUAGGCAAGUAGACAAGGUGGAGAAGCGCGGCUUCGGGUACAUCAAUAUUUCGCUUUGUUUCUCGUCGUGGAUGCAUAAUGUACAGAACCUUUUCCACAUGUCACGCACAGCAUCUUACUGUGUUUCGCAUCGACAUACAAUUUGAAUUUCCAACUUUUCUUACGAUCUAUAAUCACAAUGACCUAAAUUCAAAACAGGCACGGGAAACCGAAGAGGAAAGCCGGCUUAUCAACGUGAAAAGUACAUCCAUACCAAUGCAAAUCCAAGUAUUUGGAUGCGAAACGAAAUUUGUAAUGCGCGACGUGUGGUACGAGGAACGAAAACUGGCAAGUUGAUCUCAGCAAAUUUUUGCGAUGCAAGAAAACUGUUGCAUGUACAUGUGGACAAACCAUUUUUAAUGAUUUCAUGGUGUGGUGUGGUAUGGGUCUACUGUUCAGUAGGAUAUAUCGCCACUCCCGGCAGGGGCAAGAAAGAGAUGCAGAUUAUGAUGCAGAACUUCGUGUUCGAGCAACGUCUUGCACAGCGUGCAUCUCGCCUUCCGUGACCAGCUCUGACACUGUCCCCGAGCCUAGCGCUUCGACGCCGGUGUGAUCAGCCCGAUACAAAGACGGGCCGAAGCAAAGGUAAAUAUGAUUCGCAUUUCUGUAUAUCAUUCGCAAUUUUGUUUACAUUGCAAUGUAUAUCAUUCACAAUCUGUCAUUCGGAAAGUACAAUCGACUUUACUGUACCUACCAAAUUUGAUCGUCGGUAGUUUUGUAGCAUCACUGCCUUUCUUUCGCCCGGUUGCGCAUUAAUAUGUUCUCCUCUUGAAAAAACAUCGAAACAGGUUGGCAAGGUCCGUCACGCGACCUUCGUACUUUUUCACCAUGCCGUCCAUCAAGAAAAAUGAAGCUCCCCGACCCCCUGUACCGAGCUCGGACCCCACGCCGGCCGAGAGUCUCCUCACCGCCUCCACCAAGAAAAAGCGCCGUCCUGUUUAUCAAUUGAAAAGAUGUCUGGGUCUAGAUAGCAGUGUUUGUUGAACUUGUGAUGUAUAGUACGUUGGAUCACACGAAAAAUUGUAUUGCAUGAGCGCCAAGAGCUGCUCUUUGCUUUCUUGCUGCACAAACAGGGAAGUUGAAUUUCUCAUGUGGGAAGUGCAACAAGAGACCGUUUUCACUGAUCUGAGUCUGAUACUGAUUCCGAAAGAUGCAUGACAAACUUAAGCAUUCGUCCAGACCCGCACAUAUUUGCAACGCAUACCAUUCCCAAAGCCGCAAGUAGUACAGCGGCUGCUGCAACUGCGACUGCUCCGACCGCAAGAAGUAGUACAACCGGUGGUCCUCCUGCGAGUACUACAACAGCCCCCUCUGAACGCUCGAGCUCCGCGCCGACCACCGUCGUGAGCACUGCCAAAAGCUGCAACGUGAAGAAGGGCAAGGAUUCAUCGGGAAAACCUCCUCCGAAAACCCGAGUAUCAUUGGAAGAAUAAUCUCUCCUUGCUUCUGACGGUUUUGUCAUGCCGAGUGCUAGUGGAAACUCACACUUUUUUCCUGCGCGGGAAGAUCGAGGACUAGGACCCACUUGCACUAGCUGCAGAUUGAAUUUAAAUAGAAACAAAAGUUGGAUACAACUAGAUCAAGAUCGGGUGACGUGAAGUUUCAAUUUGAAUUUGUCAUGCUAAGUACACAUUUUGCUGUUGCGUUUGCGAGUCAAAGCAAGAAGAGGCUGUCAAACAGUGAUACUCGUCCAUAUCAAAUGUGAAUAUGUCUGGGCGGCCUGGAAAUUUGUGAUGCCGGCUUAUGGACAAAUGAAACAGGAGAACAAAAAAGUACAGGCACGCAUGACAGAUUUUGCAUGCGUUCUUUAUCAUCGUGUUUGUGCAUGGCAAACCGGGCAAACCGCAUUUUUACCCGACAGCGGUCAUAAUGCAAUACACACUUUUUCCGAAACCGAAUGAAACUGCAAGACAAGGAUUUACAUGUUGCAUCUCGACGACGGCAGAGGUGGACCCAGACAUAUUUGCAAUGCAUAGUUCGCCAACAUCGACAAGACCACCUACGUAUCCUGUGCAAAAGUAUCGUAUUCGUAUAAAUGCAUUACAAAUUCCCUCAGCAUGAGAAAUAAAAUUUGUCAUGCGGAUUUACCUUAGAAAAAAAAUUUGUAAUGCAAGACUUGCAUUUGUACGAGUGCGAUACUUUUGCAGUGCAUACUACGGCGUCGUUGACCUGUGGCUGCACCCCUAUCAAAUGCAAAAAUGUCUGGGUCUGGAAACUUGUGAUGCUAAAAUGUGCAUGAUGAAAACACUCUCGAAUGCAGUCCGGCAUGACUACUUCCCAAAACGCUUUCUCAUAGGCAAUCCGCAUGAGAAACUGCGUUUUUGCAUGACAAAAGAGGCUGCGACUUUUGUUGGUUAUGCAAUACUUACAGAUUUUCUAGGUAUGGAAAGCUAGGAUUACAAGUUCCAACCUUCCAGACCCAGACAUUUUUACAAUCCAUAACCCCGUAUCACAUGCGAAAAGGUCAUCUGGGUUUGGUGGAUCUGUAAUGCGGUAUUGGCCAUUCGCAGCAUGUCAGCGCGGUAACCUGUGUUGCAUGAGUAAGAACUGUGUCAGACUGGAGCUCACUUUCUCAUGCAAAUAUAGGUAAAGCUAACCUGCUGUGCAUGUUUCGUCCACACGUCCAGGAUUGCAGCAUCUUGGCAUUUGAUACCUCGAUCCCAAUAGCACUGGCCACACACAACGAGCCUGGGGCCCCACUGGUGCGCCAAGCGAGCCAAUCCAUGGAGGAAGACACGACGGGGAGAACACGUUGCUGGAUCGGAAAAGCACGGUUUCCAGG